CUUGAACUGUUAUUUUUAUUUGUAUUUAAUAGUAUACCAGUCUGGUCACGCCACCAUCCACAAAUCCCACAGCGAUAUGUACCACAAUGGACGCAAGAUAUGAAAAACAGAAGCCUUAUCUUGGAGGUUGGUUUUGGCUCCGUUGUGUGUCUCUUGGGCAGUACAGUCAACUCUUUCUAAGUCGGACACCUUUGGGGCCGGUACUUAGUAUCUAAGAGAGAUGUCCGUCUUAUAGAGAGUCAAAUUACUCUAGUUGUCUGUUUUACAGAGGUGUCUGUCUUAUAGAGGUGUCCUUUAAGAGAAAGUCGACUGUAGUUCAGUGUGAUAAUAGGCUCAGCCACAUAUAUAUAUGUAGUACAUGCGGCAUGAAUAAGGUUUAAAUUGUCUAAAUCACUGUCGGUCAGUUAGCCUGCAAAUACAGCCGUCUCUCCUCAUUCCACUCAAUAGAGCCACUAGAGACAUUUUGCUAGAGAGAGAGAUGUCUGCAAUUCGGCCUCCUUAAUACAAAAGACUGUGUGCAAUAAACGAAUUGGAAACAAGUUCAGAAACGAAAUUGAAGCUGUAAAUCAUGAAAGGAAGUUAAUCAUAUCAGUGCAGCUACGUGUAUAGAAAACAUGGAAGCUGUAAAAGCUACCAAUACAAUGUCAAGAUUAUCUAUUUCCUACAUUUAUGCCUAUUAGAACUUCGAUAAAAACUGACAAAAAUAAUAUUAUUGGCAGAGCAUCUGAAGAGCUGCUAACUGCUUGACAACCACCAACAAGCUUUGUUGUAGUGGCUGCAAAUUGAAAGUUUCAACAAAGUUAUUGUUUUUGUUGUGAUUAAAUUUUGAGUCCUCAUUUAGUACAAGUAACUGCCGUAUUGAAUUCAAGAUGAUCUUCCUUGUACAUUCAAACAUUGAAGUGGGAGAAGACUCCCGCAGACAAUCAACUAGCUGGUUCACACCCUCUUUCAUUUCUUUUUUUUUCUGUUAUAGAAUUGCAAGCUUUCUAAGUAUCCAUACGGACCACAUGAUACAAGUAUUUAUUUGACUCACAGAGGUAAGUCAGAUAAAUAAUAAAAACUAAUUUAAAACAGACUUGCCAAGUCUCACUUUUUUGUCCUGAGUCUCACCUGUCUCACACUCUCACAAGUUGGCAACCGAUUUCUCACACUUUCUUGAAAAGUCAAACUCCAAAAAAUUUUUGAGCUGUAGGGUUUGUUUUCAAGUUUAGAUAUCAAUAGAUAACAGGCUCAACCCAAAUAAAACACUUAGCAGUCACAUUUGAUUAAAUUCUUUUAGCCUACUGCGCCUUACCGCUGCUACCAAAUGUGCAGACUUCCUGUUUCUCUAUGUGUCAAGAUGGCACCUAGCCUGCAGUGCAGCCGCCCACGUAUUGCAUAUAGUGUGGAUGUAGGUUUAAAGUGUCUGUGCGCAGGUUAGAUAUGGCACCAACAAAACAUAGAAUUAAAAAACCUAAAUCAUAAAAUUGAACAUGUUGUGUACUGCUCCAGCUUUAAAGUGAGAUAGUGACUUCCAAUACCCAUGAUCUCCACUUAAAGUCCUUUCACUGGGACAUUUGGGAAAUCUCACAACUUGUUAUCCAUUUCUCACUAAUCUUUUCCCAGCUCUAGGUUCAGAAUCUCACAUAUUUUGCCUUUAGGGGGUUUACAAGUCUGUUCAAAAAAACAGUGUUUAAUUUCUUCUCCUUACUGUCAGUGCAGUCAAACCUUUGUUGAUACAGACACUGAGGGGACCAUAGAAAGUGUGUAUAUUAAUGGGGUGUCCCUAUAUUAAUCAGGUCAAAUUUAGAGAAAAUUUAAAGGCUAGGGACAAGGAAAACUGUCCAUCAUAACAACAAGGUGUCCAUAUAAGCAGUUGUCUGUAAAGCAAGGUUUGACUGUAAUUAUAGCAAAGAAACCCAUGGGUAAAGAGGAGUUAUGUUUGACCUUGAUUCCUGUCAGUACAAAUUGCCCUUGUUUGAUGCUCCAUUUCCUAGUUUCAUAUUGAGAGGGGCUGGGUACUAGUUGGUUUAUUAUGGGAUAAACAACACGAGACCCAUAUUGUCAGAAAGUCAGCAUAUUGAAAUUAGCAACAUUCUCAAGUUUGGCGUUUAUCGGGUCGACAUUGAACGAGGUACAGCCAUUCAAAAAACUCCAAAAUAAUAUGAAUUUUACUAACUAAAGGAAAUAAUUUAUGGACGUCCAGAGGAUGUGUUCGACAAUCCAAAACAUACAUCUCUCUCUCAAGUUUCAAGUUUUUGAAUAGCUGUAUCUUGUUCAAUAUUGGCUUGAUUGACAUCAAACUUAACAUUUUUCAUAACCUCAAUGAGUGUUGUUUAUCUCAUAACACACCGACUUGUACCCCUGCAGCCUGUCUUAAUAUGAAACUAGGCAAUGCUGGGGAGGGCAUUUCAGGUGAUAUGAGUACAGUCAUUGCUGAAUGUAGUUUUUGGAUGAUGAUUCACCAGACUGGUAACUUGUUUGCAUUGACCACUCUAAGGCUAGCCUGCGAGCAGAGGCCCUUGGAGCUUACCUAGGAAAAUCGAAUUUUGCCUCUGCUUGCAGGGUACUCUAAGCAAGCCCUGCUAUGAAUAAUUUUAACUGGAAUCACCGACACAGUCAAACGUAACUCCUCAGUGCUCUGUAUUAUAGAAUAACACAGACAGAGAUCUUGUAAGUGACCACCUUGGGUCUCAAUUCACAAAAGUGGUUUCAGUUAGAGCUGGUCAUUUACGAGAAAAAGCUACCAUAUGAUAAACUUAUUAAGAGCAGACACACUCUUGAGAGCUUUGUCAAAUGGGUGGAUGGUUCCAGAAAAUAUCCAGACCCCCACCACAGAGGGAAUUUUACUUAGAAACCCCCACCCCCUGGAUUUUCAAUUGAUGCAAAGACAACUUCAGCUUUUUAAAAAGUUGGCAAAUAGUGUGACAUAGGCCCUAAAUUUGAAUCACAGCUCAGACGGGGGUGUCACGAUGCAAUAGAGUAGCCCCUGUGCAAGAAGAGCAUUGACUGUACCUUUUUUUCUCUUACAGAGCGUUUGAACAAUGUGGAACCACGAAAAAUGGUGGACAGUAAAUCAAUCAAAGUACCACGUGACAGAUUACUGAGACCUUGGUUUCACUCUCCCCUCUCACGUUACCAAAGCAGUUUAAUGUUCAGGAAGACUUAA